AGAGAGAGAGAGAUUGUGGCAGCAGGUUUUUGCAGAGCUCAACACUAUUUCUCACAGAAUCGGUGUGUGUUUCUCGCGGUGUGUGUGUGUGUGUGUGUGUGUGUGUGUGUGUUUUCCAUCCCGUUUAUAGUGCCGCACCCUGUCCUCCUCUGUGCGUAAAACCUCCCUCCCGCGUAGGUGCAGCAUCAUCAUCAUCAUCAUCAUCAUCAUCAUCCUCAUCAUCACCACACACCACGUUUCUCCCAGCAGCGGGAGAACGGUUCACCUCACGGACAGGUUGGACUCAGAGAUGGGAGUGGAGCGGAGGCUUUUCAGGCUAUGACACGGACACACCGGGCGGGAAGGAUGGCUCUCACCGGCCGAGAAAUGUUGUGCUUGAUCGGAUCCGCCUGCCUCUGGCUGCCGCUGUUUGCAGAGGUGGUGGCUGAGGACAGUUACUUAAACGAGGUGCAGAACUCAGUACCUCUGUCCUGCUCUGAGGGGUUCACUGAGUUGGGAUACUACAACGGCACCGUGUCUCAGACGGACUCUGGCGCCCCCUGUCUGAAGUGGACCGAGUUUCCGGACUACGUGAUGCAGUACCCGGGCCGAGGGCUGGGCGACCACAGCUUCUGCAGGAACCCGGACCGAGAAUCAAACCCCUGGUGCUUCUUCAGACAAAACUCUGGAGCCAUCGGAUGGGCCUACUGCGACUGCCACCAGGGUGCAGCUCGUCUGGUUGGCAGCUCAUCGUCUGGCAGUGGGCGUGUUGAGGUCUACUUAAACGGCCAGUGGGGCGCGGUGUGUGACUCCCACUGGUCGGACAGAGACGCCAGUGUGAUCUGCAGGCAGCUCGGCCUGGGUGACAUCGGCACGGCGCUGCAGCACUCACAGUUCGGCUCCGGCUCUGGCCUCUUCCAUUACGAGCGCCUGGGUUGCCGUGGUGAUGAGAACAGUCUGAGUAAGUGCAGGAGCAGGACGUUCGUCACAGGUGACUGUAGCCAUGGAAACGAAGCAGCAGUCAUGUGUGCGGCACCAGAAGGCAGUGGUCCUCCGCUGCGAUUGGUCGGCGGCGAGGAGGACUUUGAAGGUCGUGUGGAGGUUUUUCAUGCAGGAAGGUGGGGCUCCGUCUGUGACGACCAGUGGGACGACAGAGACGCAGAGGUGGUGUGCAGACAGCUCGGGUUUGGGGGAGUGGCGAAGGCCUGGUCCUGGGCUCACUUCGGUCAGGGUUCUGGUCCGAUCCUGCUCGAUGCUGUGAAGUGCUCAGGAAACGAGCUCUUCCUGGAUCAGUGUCCCCAUGGCGACUGGGAGCAGCACAACUGUGACCACAUGGAGGAUGCCGGGGUCUCCUGCAGCCCUUAUACAGACGGUGUGGUGCGUCUGGUCGGAGGAGACAGUCCCUGGGAGGGCCGGGUCGAAGUUUUCCACAAUGGUGACUGGGGGACGGCGUGCGACGACCACUGGAGCCAGCAGCAUGCAGAGGUGGUCUGCAGACAGCUGGGCUACAGGGGUCACGCUGAGGUCGUGUCGGACGGCACGUUCGGAGAGGGCGUCGGUUUAAUCCUGCUGGACGACGUGCACUGCGAGGGGUCCGAGACGUCCCUGCUGGACUGCAGGCACGGGAUCUGGGGACGGACCGACUGCUCUCACAGUGAGGACGUCGGUGUCCGCUGCAGGAGACGAAGCAGCCCAGAAACCAACGAGGUGCCGGUGAUCGCUCCUGCUACAGGUCCCCUGGUGCGUCUUGCCGGUGGCAGCAGCAGAAAGGAGGGCCGGGUCGAGGUGUAUCUCCAUGGCGACUGGGGGAGUAUUUGUGACUCCGGCUGGAACGACCUGAACGCACUUGUGGUGUGCAGACAGCUCGGACACAGCGGUGGAGCGGUAGCAGCGGCCGGGUUCGGUCAGGGGAAGGGUCCCAUCCACCUGGACCAGGUGAGGUGCACGGGGAAGGAGGAGUUCCUGGGAGAGUGUCCCUCGAUGGGUCAGAGAAUGCAGGGCUGCGGGCGCAGGGAGGACGCGGGGGUGAAGUGUGACGUCGCGCCCAAGAAGGCGGCCGCGCGGGUGAAGCCGGAGGAGCUGAGCUGUGGCCGCCGGAAGCUGGUGGAGGAGGCGAGCAAGAGGAGGAGCCAGGGAGAGGAGAACAUACUCAGGACCACGUGGCCUUGGCAAGUGUCUGUGUGGCUUCAGUCUCGAGAGCAAGAUGGCGGCGGUCCUCUCUGCAGCGCCACUUUGAUCAGCCCGUGCUGGGUGCUGACGUCUGCCACCUGUGUCAGCAGGUUCGGCAACGACCCGUCCCGGUACGCGGUGCGUGUCGGGGCGUCGGAGCGUCCCCUGACUCCCGAGCGGGUGGUGGUUCACAGGAAGUUCAAAGGUCAGAGUGGAGGUCACGACCUGGCUCUGUUGAAGCUUCCCAGCGCCAAGGGCCACUGUCUGACCUUCGAGCCGAACACCAACGCAGCGUGCCUUCCUGCUGCAGACGCGGCAUCAGGGGGAAACGCGCCAUCGUCAUGCGUUGUCAUGGUAACCGCAGGUUGGACUGAAACAGACUCUGUCCUCGCCUCCUGGGUCCCUCUCAUGUCGUCAUGGCAAUGUAAGAAGCGUUACGGCGACAGCUUCUCCAGCCACGGCACCCUGUGCGCCGGCAGUCCCCCUGACACCAGCCUCCUCCAUGGCGACAGUUGUCAGGGUAACUCUGGAGGCGGGCUGGUGUGUCAGGAAGAGUCGGGUCGUUGGGUCCUCACCGGGGUCGUCGCCGGGGGGAAUGGAUGCUCGGCCCCCUCCUCGCCCGCACUCUACACCCGAGUCAGCCGCUUCAGGAGCUGGAUAGAGGAGGUCGUCGACGCCGGAGCCCGCGCCGAGGAGCCGCGCGCGCACGCUCAGGCGCGAGAGGACGUGACCCACGUUGACAAUGACCUGACGCACACACGCGAGGAACACACACACAGCGAGGUGCACGGCAGACACACACACGAUCAACAGGAAACAAACGAAAUCGUCAGUGAUAUCAAACACACACACACUCACCACCCACACACUAAGAGCGCGCACACACACACAAACACACAAAUUCUGGUCUGAUUGAGGCCGUGCCAUUGGCUAACCAUCAGUGCCAUGUGACCACCCUGAGGAGGAGGAGUUAGGCAGAAAAAAAGAGAAAGAUGCUCAAACUUAAAGUCUGCGCUCAUUUUUAAUCUGAACUCAGUGUCGUGAAUCUAAAGUGUGUGCGGUUUGUAGUCGUCGGCGUGUGUGGGCAGAGCUACCUGAGCUGUGUGGGUGCGGUGUGGCGCUUUACAGCCGGAAACUACGAGCCAGAA